CAAGGCGAGCCAAUGGGACCGAGCAAUUUGGAAAUGGUGUCAGGUGCAAAGGGAUCCAGGAAGUGAUAGUUGGAACAGUUAAGAGAGCGCUGCUGCAGGGAGAGUCGCUGAAGAUUGUUCUCUUGUGAAGCACCAUGUGGGAUCCCAAUGCAGGGCAGCCAGGUGCCUUCCCUGGAGCAGCACAUCCCCCCAAUCCUUCUUACCCGGGUGGCUUCAAUCCUGCAUACCCACCUCCUGUGAACCCUGCAUUCCCUCCAGGACCUAUGCCUGCUGGCCCCUGCCCUGUACCCCCAGUAGGGAUCCCAGGGCAACCUGCCUAUCCCCCAGGCCACCCCAUUCAACCCCCAUAUCCUGGUCAUCAGCCUAUCCUGCCUGGUGGUCCUUUGCCCCCACCUGUUCCUGGGAUGCCGGGAGGAAUAGGAGUCAACCCAUUGCUGCCCGGGGCUGCUGCUGCGGGCGCCUACGUGAUGGACAAGAAAGCUGCUAAAAAGAUGAAAAAGAAGAUGAAGAAGGCACACAAGAUGCAUAAACCACACAAACUCCACAAGGUGCAUGGAAAGCACUCCUCCUCUUCCUCCUCUUCCAGCAGCAGUGACUCUGACUGACAUGUCUCCCUACUUUCCAGCUGCAUCGUUUUCCACCAUGGCUGAUCCUUGCACUGCUCUUCCUGCAUUCAUAGAAAAUUCACUAGAUUGGUUACUAGAUAAAAAUGACAUCUGCUUGCUUUUUGUCUGCGCUCCAAGAUGGCCAGGCAUCAAGCUCAUUCAUAGGACUGGUGCCGCUGAUUAACCAGCCUGCUGUGAUCGACUGUUUGGGAGGCUAGACCACUAUUGGGCUCCAAAGCAGUAUAUCUGCACCUGUUGGCAAUUGUGAUUGUACAUUUCUGCAGCCAAUCAAAUCAUCUCCUGGUGCUUCAGAUGUUUUAUUGGGAACCAAUCAAAUGAUUAUUUUCAGGUUGGUUGGGAGGUCCAAAUCCACCCAAGUGCUUUUAAAAAUUAUCAUUCACUGAAGUAGUUCUUGAAUGUUCGUGUAGUCGUGCCUGAAAAAAGGACAAAAAAGGAGAGAUUGUUCAAUAUUUUAAUUGCAUUUGGAAAGUGUUGCGUAUUUAAUAUAAACUAGAAUAAUCCGCUUUCACAAAAUGUGCUGAAUCAGGGAUAAUGGCAUAACUGUAUGCAUGCCGAAAUUUAUUGUGAGAUUUUCUUCUUUUUGUCACUCAGAAAUAUACAUACAUUCAUGUAUUUAUGGCAUAUUUUAGUAAACUUAAUUUCUCAGCAUACAAACGUUUUGGUGGCUCAUGGUUUGCUUCACUGAAACACUUUGUUCAUCUUAGUUUGUUUGAAGUUUGUAUUUAAUUUGUGAUAGCAGCAUCCUAGGAAAUUGCUCCAGGGUAGUGAAAGAUCAUACUACAUACAUAUUGCAUAAUAUGUUCCAAGCGUCUGCAUUUGGAAGAAGCCUUUCCUCAUUCAUCAGUUCAACAUUGCUGAUGCCCCAUUUAAACUGGCUGCUUAUAUAAUACCUAGAUGUGUUUCUAAAAUGAAAGGAGAAGAUUGCAGUUAGCCAGUUUUUAAAGAGAAACAGCCACAACCACAUCAUUAUACAGCAUGGCACAAUUUGAGAUCUGCAUUGGACUUCCAAUAACCUUGGGUGGGGGUUCAAAAGCCCCUCCAGAAGUACCCAUCAAAGUAUAGCAUUUAAAGGGACAAAAAAUACAUAAAAUAUAUUGGAAGUAACUGUGUUUAAUAAGUAGUAAAUAAUUGUGUUUAAUAACCAGGUUUAAAUAAAGGGAUUAGUGUGUAAAGCAAAACACUUUUUAUUGUGUACAUUCCAGCUCAAUUUGCGUCUUGUAAUGCAUGUCAGAAAGACUGAACAAAAAUUUCACAACUAUCAUUCCUGAAAAUGGUGUACACCUAAGUUGCACAGUGCCUACAAGGUUGAACUUAAAAGUAUCAUGGCUUGUUAGAAAUGUUGUGUUCUACUUUACAGAUUCUUUUUCUGGUCAAUGAUAAUAAUUACAAGUCUGAUUUUUGCUUGUCCUAACCUUGCUUCUCCCUUGAUAAAAGAUUUUGGCUUUAAUGCCCAGCCUGAAUUGUAGUGUGUUACUUUAUCUGUACAAAAUAAAACUCCUGAAAAGAAUCAAAAUCAAA